AUGCAAAAGCUAUCCAAGACGGACGCCGCCUUGAGUGUGCCUCAAGGCUCGCUCAACAAUUCGGCCGGCGAGUCUCGUCCGACACCCAACUCUUCCUUCUUGGUCGGAGUCACCGAGGACAAGAACAAGAAAUGUCGCCGGACUAUGGAAGACACCCAUUCCUACCUCUAUAACUUCCUGGGCACCCCGGCGCCCGUCUUGACUGAGAAUGCGCUCACCCAGAAGAAAUCCAUCGAAGAUCGAAACAGCUUGACAUCGGUACCUUCGGAGCCUGCGCAUCACGUGGUUGAGACUGACAAUGGCUACUUUGCUAUUUUCGACGGACACGCUGGGACCUUUGCCGCUGAAUGGUGCGGAAAGAAAUUACACAUCAUCUUGGAGGAUUUGAUGCGCAAACACCCCAACACACCCGUCCCAGAGCUGCUCGACCAAACCUAUACCUCGGCUGACAACCAGUUGGAGAAACUGCCCCUGAAGAACAGUGGAUGCACAGCCAUUACCGCCGUGCUGAGAUGGGAGGACCGAGUUCCCACCAACAAUUCCGCGACCGGCUCGCAGGCGAUCGCAGCAUUAGCGGCGGCAGCAGCCAAAGAGGCGGAGAAGAACGAGAAGAACGAGAAAAAGGACGAGACGAACGAGGCCACGCCGCGCUCCAACUCGACGGCCGAGGCUGCAGCUGCAGCGAUCCAAGAGGCCAAGACCAAGGCUACACGGCAGCGAGUUCUGUAUACUGCCAACGUCGGAGAUGCACGAAUCGUGCUAUGUCGAAACGGAAAAGCACUUCGCCUCUCAUACGAUCACAAGGGAAUGGAUGAAAACGAAGGCAGACGGAUCACGAAAGCCGGCGGACUGAUCCUGAACAAUCGGGUGAAUGGAGUGCUGGCUGUCACUCGCGCGCUGGGAGAUUCUUACCUCAAAGACCUGGUCACCGGGCAUCCGUAUACCACAGAAACUGUCAUUCAGCCUGAUCAAGAUGAGUUUUUAAUCCUGGCCUGUGAUGGGUUAUGGGAUGUUUGCUCUGAUCAGGAGGCGGUGGACUUGGUCCGCAACGUGCAAGAUCCUCAACAAGCCUCGAAAAUGUUGGUCGAUUAUGCGCUUGCGCGAUUCUCUACAGAUAAUCUGUCGGUGAUGGUUGUCCGUUUCGAUUCGAACAAACUGCAGCAGAACACCAAGAUUGGCAUCGGGGUGGAAGCGGAAGGUGAUAAAGAUAAGGGUGCUAUUAGCGAAGCCGAGAUGAUAGUUUCGGAGGCCCGACGUCAUUCUGGGGUGGUGGCAGAACACGCCAUUUCGGACCAGGAUUCAGAAGAGAUCAGGCAGAUGGUCAUCCAUGAGGCCGAGACCGAGGAGGAAGAACCUGGACCGGAACUGACGCCAGAAGGCAAGGACGAGGCGGAAAAGAUCUUGUCUUCGAAAGAUCACGAUGUGGAGAUGACGGACAAGAGUGGGUGA